GACCUGGGGCCCGUGAGACGCUCUGGGUCCCUCCUCCUCCUCACGCGGUGGUUGUUACUCUAGCUGCCGGGCCCUCGCGAGGGUGAUGGAUUUUGAGAAUCUUUUCUCCAAACCCCCCAACCCGGCCCUGGGUAAAAAACCGACCACGGACUUUGAUGAAAGAAUCGAUGAUGGAAUAUAUGAUACAGAAGUUGAAGAAACACAAGGAGAGAAAAGAAAAUGGGAAGUAAAACUGGAAUGUGAGCAAAUACCUAAAAAAUUUAGGCACUUUGGGAACUCUACAACAUCACCGAAGAAUCUGCAAUAUAGAAAAUCAAGAAGUAAAGACUACGAUGUAUAUAGUGAUAAUGAUACCUGCAGUCAGGAAUCAGAAGAUAAUUUUGCUAACGAGCUUCAGCAGUAUAUACAAGCUAAAGAAAUGGCAAAUGCUGCUCAGUCCUCACCAUUUCCUGAAGAAUCAGUGAAGAAAGAGGGAGCGAAGGAUACACAGAAAGCAGUUAAACAAAAAACAAAAAACCUUAAAGCUGUUCAGAAAAAUGGUAAACAGAAGAAAAUGAAGCGAAAACGGGCUGGCGCUGGACAGAAAGGAUCAAACGCUCCAGUGCGGAACAGUGGCUCACGGGAACAGGAUGAUAAGCCUAAAGAGAAGCAGCAGCAUGUGAGAAUGAGUCAGGGAUUCAUCAGCCAACAUACGGUGGAACGCAAGGGGAAGCAAGUUUGUAAAUAUUUUCUUGAAAGGAAAUGUAUUAAGGGAGACCAGUGUAAAUUUGAUCAUGAUGCAGAGAUAGAGAAGAAGAAGGAAAUGUGUAAGUUUUAUGUACAAGGAUAUUGUACCAGAGGUGAAAACUGUCUGUAUUUGCAUAAUGAAUAUCCUUGCAAGUUUUACCAUACAGGAACAAAAUGUUAUCAGGGUGAAUAUUGCAAGUUUUCACAUUCUCCACUGACUCCUGAAACACAAGAAUUGUUGGCCAGAGUUUUGGAUACUGAAAAGAAGUCAUCAUGAAAAUAAAAGGCAUAAAAAAGGUAAAAUUAGUAUUUAGCACAUUUCUUCUUUAUUCGCUGAGACAUCUCUAGAAAUUGGCUUGGAAAUGUAGGACUUUUCCAUUUUCUAAAAUAUAAAUAUUUUCCUUUAUCUUCCCCUGCUAAAAAAUUAUAAAAUACUUGAUACAUAUAUAUCGAUACAUAUGUCCGUCUCCUUGGACCUGCUUCCGUUUCUUGGUUUAUCACUGUAUUUUGUAUUUUUAUUCUCUUCUUUUGUUUCUUUGUAGAUUUACCAAGUGUGUAUGAUGCACUAAACAGUGUAUUUAGUUUUGCUUGUGUUUGGAUUUUAUUUAAAUAGUUUGGAUUUUAUUUAAAUAGUUUGGAUUUUAUUUAAACAAUAAAUAUUCUGUGUCUUUAUUGGUGACUUGCUGUUUUCACUCAACAUUACACUUAUUUUUUGGAGGAGGGUGGAGAGAGAGAGUGGGAGCACAAGCAAGCGAGCAGGAGAGAGAGGCAGAGUCAGAGGGAGAGAGAAUCUCAAGCAAGCUCCAUGCCCAGUGUGGAGCCUGAUGUGGGCUUGAUCUCAUGACCCUGAGAUCAUGACCUGAGGUGAAAUCAAGAGUCAGAUGCUGGACUGACUGAGCCACCCAGGUGCCCUUCAACAUUAUGCUUCUAAGAUUCAUACAUGUAGAUGCACAUAGCUCUUAUUCACUAACUUUUACUUUUAUGUAGCAUUUCAUUCUGUGAAUAUGUUAAAAUUUGUUUAGUUAUUCUACUGAUGGACAUUCAGGUUAUUUUCAAUUUUCUAAUAUAAAGUAUUAUUAUAAAUAAUUAUAAUAAUAUAUAAUAUAUAUAUGUCUUUUGAUGUAGAUGUGUGUGAGUUAUCCUGGCUAUAAACCAAGGGAAAUUUAAAAUUUAAGAUAAUACCGAUCUUGGGGCGCCUGGGUAGCGCA